CGUACACAAAACAAAACAAACAACACCCCCGACACCGACUCCAGCCCCUUCGACAAGCCUGAGGACGGCAUACACUCUGUCUAAAUGUCACGGUAAAUGUCCAGACGGCCGACAAAGUCCUUCUUUGACGCGGAUCACGGAAAGAAACCGGCAUACUACCCGCGCAAGAACGGAUACUACCAGAAUCAGAACCACGGCCAGUACGCGAACUAUCCUCAUUAUAACACAGUUCAGCAGCAGCCGGAUUUGCAGAAGAGGGUGUUUACGGGUGUUCAGAUAUCGAAGAAUACGAUGAACAAGCUCCAGAGCUUCGCCUUCCAGAAACCUGCUGCCCCUGGCGGAGCCGAGAGUGCGGAGGAUAAAAGACCGCCAUCGUCGAAGAGGAAGGCUGAUGAGAUGGAUACGACGUCUGAUAAGCCUAUGCAACCACCUCAGACACCGGCACCGACGCGUUUCAACUUGUCACAGCUUGUUAACUCGACGCCGUUGAAGGAUCGCCUCCCGGAUACGGGUGAGACGCCGGACAAUGAAGCAAAGAUUGGGUGGAAAAUGUCGCCGGUACUGAAGGCUGCGGAUCUGAAGGAUAUUAGUGCUCAGGACCUGCGGGAUUUUUUGGGCACGGGCGAAAAGGGGCAUGGCUCAGUCACGGAAAGUCCCAACCCCGCCGAAGAACUAUGGAACCGCUACGAUUCCCAACGACCCGCAAACUCCGUCAUUCCCGCCCUCGACCUCUCCUCACCACCAACGCCUGCCCGUGCCAUCCCUCGGCCUCUCCGCCGCACCGGUCUUCACCGCUCACGGAGCCUCAAUACAGUCACUGGCGAAGAUCUAGGCGGAAGUGCACCGAAGCGAAGACGAAUUCAAACGUUUGAUACACCGGAGGGAAGAGAAGGGCCGUUAGGUAGGGUUGCGGGGUUGGUGGAGAAGGUGAAGCAGAGUCAGUUGAGGAAGAGUAUGAGUGAGAUGAGUCCGUUGAGGGAGAUGUUGAACAACGCGUCGAUUAACUCACCUGCUGCUGGGCCGGCACAUCCGCUUCAGCAGGAGCAUCGGGCGGGGAAUGGGGAAGGUGAUGAGAGUAUGGGCAUGGAUGAGGAUGAUGAGUUUGGUGAUUUGGAGCUGGGUGAGGAGGAGAUGGCUAUUCUUGCGAACGUGGAGUUUGCUGCUACGCAGAAGAUGGCACAGCAAUCUCAGCGUCAAGGUCAAGGUCAAGCACAGACGACUGAUGACGCCAGUGACUAUAUGCCCUCGAGUCCAUUGGCGAAGAUGAGUCAACGGAUGGCGAUAUCGCCGAAGAAACAGCAGCAGAUACAGCAGGCGAUUGGCGAUAGAACUCGUCCGCCGCCGCCAAAUCCGCAAAGUGAGGAUUAUGGGAGUGAUAUGGAUAUGGAUUUCGAAGCGGAACUGCAGAAGUACGACACUCCAACUGGACAGGCGGCACCACAAGGAGCAGCUCCCUCAGGCCCUACCGGCGCACCAGCAAACCUUACACAAGAUGAUGUGGAGGCAUUGAUGGACGGAGUUGACUUCGAUGAAUGGGACGAGGGCGUCAGCGAGAUCCUCGACCAAAAGGUCCGAUCUGCUACUUGAUCUCUCCACCGCUAGCGUACAAAAACUGACAUGAUGCUUAGUAGCUAAAGAAAAGUGUUCGACGCUCAAUCAUUAGCAGAUACCUCGUCAAAGCCAU